GUGACCGCGGCUUGCGUUGGGCGGGAGAGGGGAGAGCGGAGAGCAGACCGCGGGCGCGAGCCAGCAGAACGUGACGUCCGUUUGAAUCACGUGGCCCGAUGUUGACGUGACGUGUCGCCCGCGCACUGGUGUAUCCCUGACAGGACCCUUACGUCACGUCGUGACAGGUCGCGUGGUGACACCACUUGGGGGGACAAGUUUUAUUUGGGGGGGUUACUUCGCAUGAGUGGUGGACUAUGCUGGGCUGUUCUGAAAAGCUGACGUUUCUUUGAAGUCUCUCAACCAUGAGCUGCCCUGAGGACAAGGACGAGUGCCCACCUCCGGUGGUGAAACAACGGCGUCUUGUGGGGACCAAAGAUGUAAAAAAAACAGAUGGGACAAGUGACACACCGGCCAGCCAGGAGGCGGAGGCUGCCCAGGCGUUGUGGGAGAUGACAAACUGGAGAGAGUCCACCGAACAGGGCCCCAAAGGAAAAGAGGGUAAGAAUUGUGCCUCUAAUGUGACUCCGCACACUCGAGAAAGACAAGGACCUGAGGAACACCAUGUUACUCUUCCCAGGCACACUCCUGAACGAGGAGACACAGGUGAGAGUGCUCGGGGAACACCGCAUGCACCUGAAGGUGGAGAAACUGGUGUAAAGCAGCCCAAAAAGUCAAACGGAGACGCUGAAGUUGCUGAAGAUUUGCUUGACGGGCGCAAAAGAGAUGUUCCAAAGGCCCCUGAAAAGGCAGAUUUAGAUGAAGAACCUUCUGUGUUGUCUCCACCUUCAUCUGAUUCGGAGAUGGGUGACCCCCGCUCAUGUAGUGAGGGUGACGAGUGCUGUAUUGUUUCUGUGGGUACCCAACCCACCAGCACCGAGCGUUCCUUGCAGGCUCUGGAAUCGGUCCAACAGGAGCUAAGAUCUGUAAAUGAGCGUGCAGACCGGGCACUGCUGCAGCUCAAAAGAAGAUAUGGCCAUCUUAGAAGACCGCAUAUCAAGAAACGCAAUGCCAUUAUACGUACAAUCCCUGGCUUUUGGGUUACAGCUUUUCUCAAUCACCCCCAGCUCUCUGCAAUGAUUGAUGAUCGUGAUGAGGAUACUCUGAGUUACAUGAAUAAUCUACAGGUGGAGGAUUUCACUCAUAUAAAGUCUAGCUGCAGAAUUAAAUUCUACUUCAACUCUAACCCUUACUUUAAGAAUGAAUUAAUCACCAAGGAGUUUCAAUAUGGUUCCUCAGGACGUUUAGUCUCUCAUUCAACACCCAUCCGUUGGUGGCGAGGACUUAACCCUUCUCCAAAUAAAGGAAAAUCCAGCAAUUCUGCUCCCAGCUUUUUCAGCUGGUUCUCUGAUCAUAGCUUUCCUGCAGCUGAUCGAAUAGCAGCGAUAAUUAAAGAGGAUCUGUGGCCAAACCCUUUACAAUAUUACCUCAUUGGUGAGGGAGACAGUGAUGACAAUGCAGUGGAGGAUAGCGAUACAGACAAUCUCGAUGACUGUGUGGUCAUUGAUGACGAUGAGGAGGAGGAGGAGGAAGAAGAAGGUGAAGACGAGGAGGAGGAGGAAGAUGAGGAGGAGAAUGAAGUUCAUGAGAUAUCAGAUAACACUGAGAAACAAGCAGAUGGUACUGAUGAGGAGGAAGAUGAUGCAGAAGUUGUUGAGGAAGAAUCUGUGCAGGGAGAUGUUGUCGAAUCAACCACAGAAGAGCACAAGUCAGGAAAUGUAUUACUUGAUGUUGAUGACUCUGAACAAUCCUCAGGAGCAGAAGAUGACAAGAACCCAGAAGAGGAUGAGGAUGGGUAGCUGAGAUUAGGCGAUGCAGGGAAGCUGUUCCUCCCCACUUCUUAGGAAGCGAGGUGCACCUCAGGUGUGCAGUUAAAUAAAACAAAAACAAAACAGUGAGUGCUCCUGCAAGAGAGUAAUUAAGUGUUCUGAAAUUCUGGAGCUCCUCUUUCAACCCCACCUCACAAAAAACGUUCAUGACAGUCAACCUGUUUUUAUUCACUUUUUUAGAUCAUAGAAGGGGACUGACGUCAUGUGAUUCCUUUCCACUGCAACCAGUAUAGGAUUAACGCUGCUGACAUUAAUAGCGGAGUAGAAAAACGAGUGGCAGAAUUCAAAACUAGAUUUAUAAAAAUGCUAAUUUUAAUUAUAGUUUAAAAACAAUGAUUUUAUAGAUGUUUUUUUAUCAUCUUUGCAAAGAGUGAAUUUUAAAGGGAAUCUUAUUUUGUAUGUUUUUUGUUUUUUGUUUUUUUGUGGUCACCAGUCUUUAUUCCUUUGUGUUGAUGGGGUACUCCUUGCAUUUCUUUAUUUACCUUGUUUUUAUCCAUGGUAGAGUAAUGUAGUCCAUUGCUACAACAAUACGUUCCACCUUCUUUAGCAUACAAUUCAUCUUUUUUUUAAAAUUUUUUUUUUUUAUCUCCUUCAUGAAGAACCACACCUAGCUACUACCUUUUAAUAGAUUUGUCUUAUCUGAGUGUAUAGGUUGAAAGCGAGGGCUAGAUUUUUUUUUUUUUAGAGGCAUAUGUGACUGGAUGCAUUGCUUAAAAUUUAUUAUAGAAGCUUACUGUCUAAUUUGCUCCUAAAUAAGGCUGCUAAUGAGUUCUUGUUGGUAGCAUGGCGCCCAAGUACUAAUUUUGUAUUUGAUGUAUAGUGUCUGAGUUAAAAGCACAGUUCAGAUUUUGUAUUCCAGUGGGUGCAACUCUCCACUAGAAGCCCACCUUU